UAGGACCAACUCCCGCCAACACGCAGGCGCCGUAGGUUCACUGCCUAGUCCUGCCCGCCAUUUCACGUGUUCCCAGAGGCAGGUGGAACUUCUUAAUGCGCCUGCGCAAAAUUCGCCAUUUUGCUACACGUGCGGUCAACAAGCGUUCUUUGCAAAAAAACUGUGACCUCCUGGCUAACUGCUUUUCUAAUACAUAGUGUUAAUCAUGCUUUGCCAAGCGACUUGACUGUAAUAUUUACGCGUGGAAGAUUAAAAAGGCGUUAAACACCCCAGGUAGAUUCAAACAUGAAUGAUUGGUCGGUUGGCCAAUCAGACUGGUUAACAAUAAUAUUACUCGAGAACCAAUUGACUCCAAGGGGUGGAGACACGUAGAACGCCCAAAAGAAUGACGUUACACAGCAAUGUGGCACCACAGGCCAAUAGCAAGGGGAAGCGAUUUCAAAUGUCCAAUCAGAGCUGUUCCAGGGCGGAGUCUACCAAUGCCGAAAGCGAGGAGGCGGGGUAAAAAAGAGAGGCCGAAGGUAGGCUGGCAGAUACGUUCGUCAGCUUGCUCCUUUCUGCCCGUGGACGCCGCCGAAGAAGCAUCGUUAAAGUCUCUCUUCUCCCUGCCGUCAUGUCUAAGUCAGAGUCUCCUAAAGAGCCCGAACAGCUGAGGAAGCUCUUCAUUGGAGGGUUGAGCUUUGAAACAACCGAUGAGAGCCUGAGGAGCCAUUUUGAGCAAUGGGGAACGCUCACGGACUGUGUGGUAAUGAGAGAUCCAAACACCAAGCGUUCCAGGGGCUUUGGGUUUGUCACAUAUGCCACUGUGGAGGAGGUGGAUGCAGCUAUGAAUGCAAGGCCACACAAGGUGGACGGAAGAGUUGUGGAACCAAAGAGAGCUGUCUCAAGAGAAGAUUCUCAAAGACCAGGGGCCCACUUAACUGUGAAAAAGAUAUUUGUUGGUGGCAUUAAAGAAGACACUGAAGAACAUCACCUAAGAGAUUAUUUUGAACAGUAUGGGAAAAUUGAAGUGAUUGAAAUCAUGACUGACCGAGGCAGUGGCAAGAAAAGGGGCUUUGCCUUUGUAACCUUUGACGACCAUGACUCCGUGGAUAAGAUUGUCAUUCAGAAAUACCAUACUGUGAAUGGCCACAACUGUGAAGUUAGGAAAGCCCUGUCAAAGCAAGAGAUGGCUAGUGCUUCAUCCAGCCAAAGAGGUCGAAGUGGCUCUGGAAACUUUGGUGGUGGUCGUGGAGGUGGUUUCGGUGGGAAUGACAACUUCGGUCGUGGAGGAAACUUCAGUGGUCGUGGUGGCUUUGGUGGCAGCCGUGGUGGUGGUGGAUAUGGUGGCAGUGGGGAUGGCUAUAAUGGAUUUGGUAAUGAUGGUGGUUAUGGAGGAGGCGGCCCUGGUUACUCUGGAGGAAGCAGAGGCUAUGGAAGUGGUGGACAGGGUUAUGGAAACCAGGGCAGUGGCUAUGGCGGGAGUGGCAGCUAUGACAGCUAUAACAACGGAGGCGGAGGCGGCUUUGGCGGUGGUAGUGGAAGCAAUUUUGGAGGUGGUGGAAGCUACAAUGAUUUUGGCAAUUACAACAAUCAGUCUUCAAAUUUUGGACCCAUGAAGGGAGGAAAUUUUGGAGGCAGAAGCUCUGGCCCCUAUGGCGGUGGAGGCCAAUACUUUGCAAAACCACGAAACCAAGGUGGCUAUGGCGGUUCCAGCAGCAGCAGUAGCUAUGGCAGUGGCAGAAGAUUUUAAUUAGGUAAGUAAGCACCUUUUUGUGUGUGGACAUAAUUUUUUAAAUUGCUGAUGAACCCAAUAACCCUAAUGUAGCUGAGCAGUGCAACAUAGUUAACAUUAUAAUUGCAGUAAUUGUGGAUAUAAAGUUAAUAUUCAGAUCAGCAAAAUUUGUGGGAAGCAAACUUGAUAUUGGAUUGUAGCCUUGAGUCUUAAUAUGUUUAGAUUAACAACUUUAUUCCAUAUUGUUCAACAGGAAACAAAGCUUAGCAGGAGAGGAGAGCCAGAGAAGUGACAGGGAAGCUACAGGUUACAACAGAUUUGUGAACUCAGCCAAGCACAGUGGUGGCAGGGCCUAGCUGCUACAAAGAAGACAUGUUUUAGACAAAUACUCAUGUGUAUGGGCAAAAAACUCGAGGACUGUAUUUGUGACUAAUUGUAUAACAGGUUAUUUUAGUUUCUGUUCUGUGGAAAGUGUAAAGCAUUCCAACAAAGGGUUUUAAUGUAGAUUUUUUUUUUUUUUUUGCACCCAUGCUGUUGAUUGCUAAAUGUAAUAGUCUGAUCGUGACGCUGAAUAAAUGUCUUUUUUUUAAUGUGCUGUGUAAAGUUAGUCUACUCUGAAGCCAUCUUGGUAAACUUCCCCAACAGUGUGAAGUUAGAAUUCCUUCAGGGUGAUGCCAGGUUCUAUUUGGAAUUUAUAUACAACCUGCUUGGGUGGAGAAGCCAUUGUCUUCGGAAACCUUGGUGUAGUUGAACUGAUAGUUACUGUUGUGACCUGAAGUUCACCGUUAAAAGGGAUUACCCAAGCAAAAUCAUGGAAUUAUUGGUUAUAAAAGUGAUUGUUGGCACAUCCUAUGCAAUAUAUCUAAAUUGAAUAAUGGUACCAGAUAAAAUUAUAGAUGGGAAUGAAGCUUGUGUAUCAUCCAUUAUCAUGUGUAAUCAAUAAACGAUUUAAUUCUCUUGAAUGAAAUGACAACUGUAUGGAUUUGGGACUGGCAGAGAUUUGGACUUUCCCUACCCACUCCCCUUGAUGAUGUUGAAUGCUUCUAUCACAAUUCAAGUUCAAAGCUCUGCCAGGGAAUAGAAACUAGCUGCUGGCUAAUGCCGCUCCAUAAAUCCACAGAUUUGAAGUGUUUGGGAGGCCUUUUAAAAAUAAGCAAUAUCAGAAAGUAUUUUAAUGAACAUAAAGAUAGGCUUACAUUAAAGGAAAACUGCAGUUUGACUGGGUUCUGGUUGGGUGGGCCUUCAGAGGUUUUAUCAGUUAACUAUACUAAUUUGGAGAUGAAAACCAUACCGAUAGAAACUAAAUUUUUCUACGUAAUUUCAUGUUAACUGCAGUUUCCCUUAUGGCACAAGGUCACACAAUCUACCUAAAAUGUUAAUUGUAUAGAAAAUGAUUUCUAAACCUUUAACAGUUAAUAUCCAAUAAUGUGUUAUUUGUACAUAGAUUCUUUUGAGCCUUACCUUUGGUGCUCUCAAUUUCAGUGCUAUUGUACCUAGUAGCAUAGAGAUUUGUUUAUCAAUAGUACUGUAUAUUCAUUCCAUCCCAUGGGUGUGUUGGAAGUUUGGGGAGGAGGGUGGUGGGAGGUGGGUGGGAGGUGGUGGUGGGUGGGAAAGCAUGGGUGAUAGUCCAUGAUACUGGCUGAGUUUGCAAUAGCAGGUGGAACCUUAACUAUUGAGGGAGUUUGCAGAUACCUCAGGAUUCGUGACAAUGCCUUUAAAGAUCCAGGAGAGAUGUUCAGCUACUAGGAACUGCUAGCAAGUAUAGCGCGAAUGGCUCCGAGCUCAGACACUCUACAGCUGAGAGUAGACACUUGUGGUAUGUGGAGUACAGAUAAGCCAGGGGCAGGCCACGGCACGCUCCAUGAAAGCUAGGAGGGAGUGAAAUUUCAGUGAUCAUCGCAAGGAAGGAGGCAGACAAGAGUAAGGCACACCUGACUCUUAGGACUAGCAGUCAGAACCAGGAGGAAAGGUUUUAUUGCUAUGCGGGUAGGUAAGAACAGAUUUUACUUACAUCCAUAUAGUUGCUUAAAGUCCAGUUUUCUGUUAAACAUUUUUCUUAAUAUAUUGAGCCAAAACUAGUCCAGUUAAGCUGAACUUGGUUUUUCUGGAGAUGAAUUAUUUUAAAUUGACACCCUAUUGGUGGCUCCCAGUUGAAGGAAGUGAGCACAUUAUUUGUACUGUGAAUAUAAAUUUUUACCCUUUUAUUUAUCUUCCUUUGACCCAUUUCCUUAAAGUAACGGCUCAAAGUAAUAGACUCUUCCCCAUAUGGUGGGGGGAUGGGUGGGCUAUUAAUGGGAGGUAUGGGGGGUUUAGCUUGAGAUGGGACUUGGUCUUAGAAGAGAGCUACUUCUAAAGGCUGUUUACUUUUCUAGGGAGGAGUCUGCUACUAGUCUUAUCAGCUCUUAAAAACAGAAACUCACCUGUCCAAGUUCGUGGCAGAAAGGAACGUCCUUGUGAAGACCUUUAUCUGAGCCACUGUGCUUCGUUAAUCACUGCCAUGCAGUUGACAUGAGCUGUUCUACAGCUCAAAUUCCAUUUUGUAAAUGGGGUUUUUUGUGUUUUGUGUUUUUUUUUAAAUAAACUGUAUUUAACUUA